ACUAGGACCCGGAGGAGCGCGGGUGGUUGCGGUAAAUUUAGCGCGGGGGAGGGGCGGGCGGGGAGGGCAGCUGGGCUCCCGCAACCCCUUCCCGGCCGUUAUGGACGCGGAGGCGCCAGCCCCAGCGGGAGGCCCGGCGGAGGCCACGGGCUCGGAGGCCCCGGGCUCGGGGAGCCGGCGGCAGCUGGCCCGAAUCACGCCCUGGCUGCUCCUGGGCCCCGCGCGCGUCGCGGCGGACGCGGAGCUGCUGGCGCGCGAGCGCGUCACGUUUUGCGUCAAUGUGACCCGGCAGCAGCCGUGCCCGCGCGCGCCGGGCGUGCGCACGCUGCGCGUGCCUGUCUUUGACGACCCGGCCGAGGACCUGCUGACGCACCUGGAGCCCUGCUGCGCCGCUCUGGAGGCGGCCGCGCGCGCCGGCGGCACGUGCCUCGUGUUCUGCAAGAACGGGCGCAGCCGCUCGGCGGCGGUGUGCACCGCCUACCUCAUGAGGCACGGCGGCCUCAGCCUGGAGCGGGCCUUCCAGGUGGUGAAAAAGGCCAGGCCCGUGGCCGAGCCCAACCCGGGCUUCUGGGCCCAGCUGCGGAAGUACGAGGAGGCCCUCCGGGAGCGGACCCCCGGCAGCGAGCCCCGGCGCGAGGCCCCGAGCGGAGCCGGUGCUCGGGAGUCGGGCGAGCCCGAGGCACGCGAGAAAGGCUCGCCGCGUCCCCCCGCGUCAGGGCGGAGGCCUUAGAGCGCGGCUCUGGGCAGUGGGAAGGGCCAAAGCCCGCGGCCCCGAUCGUUCUAUAGCCUUCUGUUUUCAAAAUACGGGCCCAGUUUGCAACAUUUACCCUUGAGUAUUGCUAAGGAUAGCGGGGUGUGCUGGGCUGGGGUCCGGAGCUGGGAGCAAAAAGUCCGGGCGCCCCCCUCAGACUCUCUGCCUCAGUUUCUCUCUGCGCACCGAGCUCAGUUCCCCUCCCCUUCCCCCCCUGCAGCCCGAGUCAGUGCCCUCCCUCUCAGCUUUCUUCCUUCCGGAAUCCCGCGUCAGGAGGUGGGGAGCUCCCCGGACUUUGCAAAAAACAGAUCUUGAUCAUAAGGGAAAGGGGGCCUCCGGGGCAGCGUGUGCCCCCACGGGGCAGCGUGUGCCCCCACGGGGCAGGGCAGCAGCUUCUAGUCCACAAAGUGCGAGGUUGGGUGCCUUGCCCCACGUCACAGCCCAGCUGUCAGAAACCCUCAGGACCCCCUGACUUCGCUUCUUCCUCUCUGUGACAGCCAGAUAACAAAUAGCUGGCAUUUAUAUACUUCCUUUAGGGCUCAAUACAGGGCAAGUACCUCCUUUGCAGAGGAGAAAACUGAGGUUCCCAGAGUUUAUACAACUGCCUGUGAUCACAUUCAUUCUUCUUAGUGGAAGCAGGAUUCCAAUCCAGAUGUUUCCUGACUCCAAGUUCCCAGUGUCUAUGCUGCUGCCCUUACAACUACUGCUUAACAAGGAAGAACUUUCUAAUAAUUGGCUCUGUCCAAAAAGUAGAACGAGCUGCCUAUGAGGCAGUGAGACUCCUAUUAUCAGAGCUAUGUAUAAACUGGAGAAAUCUCCAUAAACUUUUAAAACUCCAGCCCGGCCUUUGUCAUCACAGGCCCAUAAACUUUUUUUCCCCUAAAUGUAUUUGAAACUAUACUUCAAUAUAAUUGGUAUCCUUUUUGAUACUAUGUAUUCUAUACAUUUAAAAACAUGAUUCUGAGAUGUCCAAGAGGUCCAGGACCUAGAAAGUGAAGGUCCUCUGCUCUGGUACUACAGGGGAAAAAAAUAACAAGGAAGUGGAAAAGAACUGGAUCUUCAAAUUUAUUGGUUGAGUGAACUCUUAAGUGUGGAACUUCCCUCUACAACCAGAGAGAGGCGAUUUCUCUGCAAGUUGUCUUAGACAAAAAACUGUGAAAAACUUAGGAACUCUGACCUACAAAAUGAUCUCCCAUGGUGCCAGAGGUCACCUGAUAACUCUUGCUGCCCAUCUUCAAAGAUACUUGAUGGACCCAGAGGGGAGACUGAAGCAUGGUUUUUUGGGACAUGGCUAAAGAGAGAAUUUGUUUUGCUUGACUUUAUAAGUGUGUAGUAAAUUUUGUUUUUCUUGCUUUCUCAAGGUAGGCAUGAAGAAGAAAAUUCAAAGCUUAAAAUAAAAUUGAAUUUUUUAAAAAUGAAAAAAUAUUUUUCAAGCAUACUAACAACAAAAUUAAAUCCUAGAGAAUUACCUAGACUACUGAGAAGUGACAUGGUUAGGGUCACACAGCCAAGAUGGGUCAGAGGCAGGACUCAAAACCUGAUCUUCUUGACAUCAAAGCCAGCUAUGCAGCUUUUCUAGAAAAGAAAAAAAAAAAA